AAAAAAACUCGAUGGUUUCUCUUUGACCUUACAGGUCAUGCACUUACCCACCCACAGAAUGGGAAACUCCUCCCUCUCCCUUCCUCCCCUGUCUUGGUUUUUUUAACGUGACAGCUAAAGCCUCUAUUUUAGGAUUCUUUUUUCUAAGCAAUCAAUCACCCAAUUUAUCUCUUCUUUUACAUUUUACCCAUGAUUCCCUCCAAUGCAUUUACCCUAGAAGGAAUCAAGGACAGCCCUUUUCUUUGAUUUUAUCGUCAAAGCAUUUACUUUUAAACAAAUCCCUUCAGAUUCAAAAUGAUCGAAACCUAAACCUCUGAUUCCAAAUUUUGAACCAGCCCAAAUUCUGGAGUUUUAACAAGAUUCGAGAAUUUGGGUCCAAACCCAAAUGCUGAAACCCCUUUCAAUCGUCUAUUCCUACCCUCCCUUAAUUUCUUUGAGUUUCUUGAUUCAUGGACACGAAAUCAUCAAUCACCUCCAUCUCUCUGAUUUUAGGGCUUAUAUUCACCUUUUGUGCGCUUCUUGUUGAAUCACAAUCACAGAACGGUCCUUCACCACCCUCGCCGCCGCCGUCUCCGCCGCCGCCCUUUCCACCGCCUCCAUCACCACCCCCUCCACCUCCACCUCUACCUCCACCUCCAUCACCACCUCCUCCUCCUCCACCUCCACCUCCACCUCCAUCAAAAUCACCUCCACCUCCGCCGAGAAAGAAACUGCAGCCACCACCCCCGCCACCAAGGGAUAGGUCUACUGGAAACGUAAUGAGAAGGAGAAGUCAUCCACCACCACCACCACCACCACCAUCGAAGAAUCACCAGAUGAAUAGUGGGAAAAAGAUUGGGUUACUGUUUGUGGGCAUUGCCGCAAUCUUGCAGAUUGGUGUUGUUGGGUUCUUGGCUUACAAAAGAAGGCAGCUUUUGAAGAUUAAUGAUAGAUAUGAAGCUUGCUCUUCUUAAUUUCUUUCUAACAGUUUCAAGUUUACGCAAUGGAUUUUUUGGAAGGGGGUUUAUUGGAUUGAUUCUUUGGUGUAUGCAAAAGAUUGGUUGAUGGAUAACAGCAUUCAAGGUUGAUUUGAGGAAUGUUUUCUCAAUUUGGGUCGGGUCCUAGAGGUUUCUCUGUAAAUGGAUGGGUAAAUUCAUGAUUUGGCAUUUUCUUCACUUUCUUUUUUUCCUCAUGUGGUAACUUUAUCUACACGGUUUAUAAUUCAAAUUAGAGUGAAUCCUUUCGCCACGGGUUUUCAGCUAACAUGCAUGACUGUAAACAAUGCUAGGAAGUACGGAAACUGGGAGGACUGCGGUGACAAUAUCUAUCUAGUGCACAUUCUUUUAUAUCUGUGAAUGAUAUGUCUAAUUUGGUUUUUUGGUUCAUGUUAUGGUUUGGUUUUA